AAUCUGGGCAUAAACAUGUUUUUCCUUCCAGAAGCGGAUGCUUCAUGAUGCUCUUCUCUCGUUAGUCUCUCUGAAAGAAUGGUUGAAAUCGGGAAAAUCAUUCGGGGUGUUGUUGGCCCUGCAGCCAGUGUAGCGAAAAAGAUCAGGAGAUUCAGAUUUAGAAUCCUCAAAUUAUGCCUCAGUUCGGGUGGUUUUUGGCUGCAAAUUUUUGCAACUGCAUCUCUUUUGUACUGGCUUGUUACAUGGAGUCAAGAAAAAGAGAAAAUCAAGGUGCACGUGAAAACUGCCAAGUUGAAAGAAAUGAUGGAGACAUCCUGUGACCUUACAAAAAAUGCCUUGUUGAACUGGGACUUCGAAGUCCAAAAGGAUCCUCAUCUAAUUCAGUACAUACGAGAUAAUUUUUUAAUCCACUCGGGUGGUUCUGGAAGGAUCCCUAAUCCUGACAUAAUACCUCAGCCAGUGCUCAAUGAUGAGUAUGAGGACCCAUCUGAAGGUGUAAUCAUGAAAACUGCCGUCAUUCCUCUAUUAUUCAUGAAUUAUACAAAACCGGGAACGUUUUUCGAAGGUGGUGUUCUGGAUGGUAAAUAUAUUUCCACUACUUAUUACUUGGAAAAGAGACUCGGCUGGUCAGGGAUGCUUGUGGAGGCAAAUCCAAAAAAAAAUACCCUGAUAUCUGCGAGGAAAAAUUCCCGGGAAAAUGUCUGGACAGCACAUGGUACAUUCAACGUUGCUGUCGACAAGCCUAAGAAUGGGAAAGACGUCAUAGAUUUGGAUCCAGGCCACUAUUGGCAUGGUUGGAUACUGCGCAAAGAAGACUACUUUCUGGAUGCCACAGAUCCAUCUGUUGAGACGUACAUCAAGGAUGUUCCUUGCUUCCCUUUGUACUCUUUGUUGGCUGCUGCAAACCUGACCAACCUGGACUUUUUCUCUCUGGAUGUGGAAGGUGUUGACUGGAGGGUUCUCCUGUCUGUCCCUUGGGAAGAAGUUAACUUCAAGGAAGACAUCACGGACAAUAUUAUUUCUCUCUCCAAAAAUGAUGCGGUGUAA